AUGAUUUUGAGGACAUUUUCGACAUGCAUUUUACUCCUAACUUCCUAUUUGGUUUAUGGCGACGAAAAAUGUGACCUUGGUGCUGUUGAUCUAAUUUUCUUGCUACAAUCCCGCUACGACUUGCCGGAGCCCGGGUUCCUCCAGAUGAAGGUGUUCAUCAAGAAUUUUAUUGCUACGAUCGAUAUGGGCAGGGAUACGCAGAACACCAGAAUCGGCGUCAUGACUUACGAUGGCUUAAACGAACCGGAAUACAAAAUCCACCUCAGCUCCUACGGUAGAGCCAGUGAUGCGUCGAUUGCCAUUGAUCAGAUUGGCCGAAGUCCCUGCGGGUCCUGGUGCGCCGAGAAAGCUGACUUAUCGGUUGCACAGGCAGCACAAAAAGCCAUCGAAAUCUUUGGCAAAGAAACGGCAACUGGAAGGAUGAAGAAAAUUGUGGUGAUUCGGCACGGGCAGCAAGAUCAUAUGCAAUCCGAGCAGCUACGACAACUCACGCAAAGUGAUGCCUGGCUCAAGGUUGAGGAGAUUUUGAUACAUACUGGAACGAUGGCGAUGGACGACCCCUACGGUCAAUAUCUCAACGCGUACUACCAGCCGUAUGAACGGUAUCUCGGGCGCAUGCACCAAAUGUUCCCCAAUGCUACGUUUCGCGACUUUAGACGCCAAUACAAUGCUGAUACGUUCAAAUUGCUCUACGACAAAAACGUGGAUAAUGGAUUGAUCACGGUCAAGGACUUCUCCCAACUCGCCACCCUCGGCCCGGACCUCUGCGCAGAAAUUUUCAGCUGCCCACCCUGCGAUGGAACUUCCGCUUCAACCUUGAAUUCCAGCCCAAAUACCUUCCUGGAAACUAGCAACUCGGGUGAUGCAAAUAGGAAGGAGACACCGAAUGAGUCGUCAGUUCCGAACCUUGGUGGCACAACCUCAACAAAAGCCGAUGCUAAAAACGGAGACUAUGAAUAUGAGAUUGUCGGGGAUCCUCCAGGAUUAACCAUCAACUCGAGCCCCGCCUCCAAGAAACAGAAAAAGGAUGCCGUCUCCGCGAAUGAAACCCCAGAAAACAUCGAACGAAAAGACAGGCGAUUUUGCGUCAAGUUCAAUGCGUUUGCCCAAGGGAUGGAGGAAGUUCUGCCUCUGCUGGAGGCUGCUCUGAGGGUCCGAGCGGCCCAGGAGGCGGCUGCUAAGGGCCAAGUUCUGAAUACCCGGGUCUACAGCCCUCCAGCCCCUGCUUCUCCUUGUGGAGCCGCUCCCUGUGCUGCUCAACCUCCUUGCGAAUCGUCGUACUGUGGUUACGCUUCAAGCUACAACUCCCCGUGUGGUGGUUGCCCUAGCCAAACGGCUCAAUACUACUCUCCCUGUUCGAAUGGAUGUUCUGGAGUUCAGGGCUGGUACUACCCCUAUGAUCGAACUCCACUGGCCCCGGGGAUCCCGGAAGCUACUGCGUUUAGUUCGGAUGAGAAGAAGACGGAAACCGCACCGAAAACCUUGGCUCCUCUGGACCCACUUCCGGGGAUUGGAGCCGAAGCUUCAACAUCCAGCUCGGAGCUGACCGACACGUUCAACUCCAUGUUCAAAAACACGGAUACAGAUGCCGCAAAAACACCGGUACCAGCAAGUGAAAAUACGGACUCGGAUUCGGAAGCAGUCGCUAAAUCUGUAGAUGAGUUAACUUCGACGACAAAUCCUUACGCUAAGCUAAGAGACGUCAUCAAUCAAAUGAAGCCGAUUCAGAAGCGUAGGCUGAUACCCCAAAUGCGGAUAUUCUACCUCCUCCCCUUGGCCCUCUGCGCUGUCGCAUCCGCCAUCGAGUACGAGAAGCCGAAGCUCGUCUCGGGGCGCCUGCUGACCCAACGGACGUCGAAGGGUGGAAUGAUCUCCUCCGAUAACCAGUGCCUCUAUGCAAAAUGGUCUUUCACGAUGGAAGACGAGGCGAAGGCCCAGAUGCUCCGGAAACUUAUCCCCCGCUUUUGCGGCAUGAUCAAGGAGACGAAACUAUUUUUCGAAGAGUACGAGAACAACACCACUUUCAAGAAGGUCUUCGAUUACUCCUCGGAAACGUUGAAGCUGAACACCGAACUGUCGAUCAACACCACCGUCAACGAGUUCCUAGACAACGUGGAUCGUCUGUUCUACCAGCGCAAGUUCCACUUUGAUCAAGGAGCUGCUCACCAGACCCUGCUGAACGCUGCCGGAAUUGCUGAGGACUCCGACUGGGAUCUGAAGCAUAUGUUUACGUGGAAAAGCAUCCGCGCUGACGUUCAAUAUUGUGACGAGACCGAUGAUACCGUGAUGAUCGAGCUCUGCGUGCCGACGAUGAUGGACAAGAUUUCGGGAGAUGUUUAUGAGAUGCUCGACAAGGGCGAGUUCACCACCUCCAGCAACGGUACCAUCGAGUACAGCUACAUGGACAUCCCCACUACCGCUAUCCAGACCUCCAAUGCCGGAUACGUCGGCAUUGAUGAACGUUACUGCAAGGAGAUUUUUGACACUGGCCUCCUCUGCAAGGCCACCGGACUCGCCGAAUGCCAGCCUAUCGGCUUCAAGGGGUGCAACUCGCAGGAACUUAUCGUUGAGGAGGGCUUUACUCAUGCUAGGAACUUCACUUCUUUCCAUCUUGUUGCUACUUUUGAGAAGAACGCCACCAUCGUCGGAACCAACCAGACCUUGGCCCUUGACAAGAACAUCUUCCUUCUCGUCGUCGGACGUGGAAAACAAGUCCAAAUCGGCAAGACUACGUUCGACAACCUUGAUGCUGACAUCACGACUACUGAGAUCAUUAACAUUGAAGAGUUGACGAAGGUGGCCGAGCAGACGCUCAAAACCUCUCCCAACAACAAAUCCGGCGGAGGCUUCUUCCGCAACAUCUUCAACUUCUUUGGAAAU